CAUGCAGAAACCAUUGAAACAAAUGAACGCCCGGGGAGAACAAGAACCAAAGAUGGAUAUCAUCCACUACGCGGCCAUCUUCUUAUCAAUCCUCCUCCUCCUCCUCUUUACCCGACUCGACCGAGGCAAGAACUCGCCACCUUGUCCUCCUUCUCUCCCCAUACUUGGCCAUCUCCACCUCCUAAAGAAACCCCUCCACCGCUCCCUCGUUGCUCUCUCCGCCCGUUAUGGCCCAGUCAUCUCUCUGCGCUUCGGAUCCCGGCCCAUCCUCGUAGUCUCCUCGUCCGAUGCCGCUGAGGAAUGCUUCUCCAAGAACGAUGUCAUCUUCGCCAACCGCCCCCGCUACCUCGCCGGGAAAUACCUUGGCUACAAUUACACUUCCAUGAUCUGGGCUUCCUACGGCCAUCACUGGCGGAACCUACGGCGAAUCGCCACCGUCGAAAUCUUCUCAACAGAUCGACUCCACUCGUUCUCCGGAUUACGGAGAGAGGAGGUCAUGGCCUUGAUUAGACGACUUGUUAUCGAUUCUAACGGCAAGAACGGGUUUCGGAAGGUGGAGCUGAAGAAGAGGUUAUUUGAACUAACGUUAAACGUGAUGAUGAGGAUGAUCGCCGGAAAGCGGUAUUAUGGGGAGGAUGAAGAGGACUCAGAGGAGGCCAGGAGGUUCCAAGAGAUGGUGGAGGAGACGUUUGCGUUGAAUGUCAUGACGAAUCUUGGUGACUUCUUGCCAAUCAUCCGAUUGCUGGAUCAUGGAGGGGUGAAGAGGAAGUUGAUGAGGUUGCACGAGAAGAGGGAUGCCUUCAUGCAGGGCCUGAUUGAUGAGCAUAGAAGAGGUGAUGGUUGUUCUGUCUCUCAUAAAGCAGGGGCAGGCGGAGGAGGGGAGGGAAGGAGGAAGACUAUUGUUGACGUAUUGUUGUCUCUCCAACGAGGUGACCCGGAAUACCAUACGGAUGAAAUGAUCAAAGCCCUUCUCGUGGUGCCGUUAGUGGCCGGCACGGAUACUACGGCUGUAACAAUAGAGUGGGCCAUGUCGCUCCUGCUGAACCACCCAGCGGCAUUGAAGAAGGCCAGAGAAGAGCUCGACCUCCAGGUCGGACAAGACCGCCUCGUAGACGAAUCGGACCUCCCCAAGCUCCCAUUCCUCCACGCCGUCAUCAACGAGACUCUCCGGCUGUUCCCUCCAGCUCCGAUCCUUGCACCCCACGAGUCGUCGGAGGACUGCAUCGUCGGAGGCGACCGCGUGCCGCGCGGCACAGUUUUGCUCGUCAACUUGUGGGCGAUCCAGAGGGACCCCAAGCUCUGGCCGGAGCCGACCAGCUUCAGGCCGGAGAGGCUUCUGGAAGAUGGAAGGGAGAAGGAGCAUGGGAUGCUGCCGUUUGGGUUGGGGAGAAGAGGGUGUCCCGGCGAGGGCCUGGCCAUGCGCGUGGUGGGGCUGGCGCUGGGGGCCUUGGUCCAGUGCUUUGAGUGGGACUGCAGUGGCGAUCCAGUGGAUUUGAGCGAGGGAGUAGGGAUCACCGUGCCCAAGGCCGUGCCUUUGGUGGCAGGGUAUAAGCCAAGGCCGUUUGCGACAAGCCUGGUUGACGAGAGAGUUGAAGGUUAGCAACUACGGCCAAACCUGUUUGGAGUUCGAAACAGCUCUGUGUUGAUGGUGUGAUGCCUUGCUUAGCAGCAGGCAGACGAGGCUACUUGGUCUCGGUUUACAGUUUCAGUUGAAGCUUUUUCUCUUUUUUUUGCAUGGAGAGAAUGGAAUUGCACUAUAUUUUUCAAUUUGGGGUUCUUAAUAUAUACAUUGCAAGUUUCUGGAAGAUUAUAAGUUUAA